AUGGGCAUUCGCAAACUAAGCUGGGACAAUUGGAUUGAAAUGGACUCAUAUUUCCUUCGAUAUUAUAACAUGAAGGCAUCGGAAUUGAAGAAGGAUUUCAAUGCUCAUGUGAAGUAUGUCGAUAACGCAAUGACAAGAGAUGCAUGCUUUGAGCUUUAUGAGGAGUUGGUCCGAUAUUUGACCCAUCGCUAUCCCAAGAGCUACCGCUUGGAGGGUGAUAAGGUGUACAACAGCCUGACGAAAGAAAAGUUUGCUUUCCCGGCAUCAACCCCAAAUGAGGCGCUGGCAACUUCAGCUCUUUUGGUUCAAGACGAUUUGGUGAUUAUGGUCGAGAACGAUGAUGGGCAUUAUCAUCUUGACGCCGCAGCUGUAUGCCUUCCUGGCUUCUGGCGUCUCAGGGAAAAGUUCCGCAUGUCACUAGACACACUGCACCUCGAGGCGGGCGUGCCACACUAUGCUGCUAAGCUUCAAAAGUCAAUGAAUCGAUUCUUUCAGAAUCUCACGCCUGACAAGCCAGUGGAGAGAAACAAUUUUUUUAUUCAGCUUGAUGACGGACUUCACUGGUCGCAUCGCAUGGGUGAUCAAGCAGGCACAGAGGUUGCAUCAUGGGCUACUGCAAAUAGUCACGGUCUAUCCAUUGAUGAAAUUCACUUCCGGUCUGAGCGACAGACUCUUCGUCGACUGCCGCGCUCCAAGGCUGUGCUAUUUACAGUUCGCACAUAUUUCGAGCCAGUAACACGGAUCGCUGAAGAGCCGCAUAUCCCCGGUCGCUUAGCGGAAGCUAUUCGGAACUGGGAUGAGACCGUGUCCUUCUACAAGGGAAAGUCUCAUUGGGACAAAAUUCUACUCCCAUAUCUGGAUGAGCAGGAUCGACUGCAGAAAGAGCGAGGGAUUGUGGAUCAAAAGGAGGAGGGUUCAUUCCCUUAUUAA